AUGAAGUUCACUAUAAUCGUAUUUGUGUGCCUUUUGGCCUUUGCAUUGGCCGGACACUAUGAGAGCCAUGGUCAUCAUGAAGAUCACGGUCGUCACGAUUACGGCCACGGUCACAUUGAUGACCAUGGUCAUGGUCAUGAAAGUCAUGGCCACCAUGAUGAUCACGAUGAACAUCAAAAUCAACAUCAAGACGAUCAUGACGAACAUGGACAUCAUGACUUCCACGGUCAUCAUGACGAUCAUGAACAUCAUGAGGUUCAAGGCCACGAAUAUGAUCAUGUCCAUUUCGAUGAUCAUGGCCAUCACAAGGAGCAUGUGGGUGAUCUUAAGAAGUAUGUUCGCGUCAGUCCAGUGGUUGAUAAGAAGAAAGUUGAUGUUGGUGCCGACAAACAUGAUUACCACGGCAAACACGGAAAACAAGCCUAG